AUGGUUGUCUUUGCUUUAGCAGCAGAUAUUGCUUGGCAAAGAAGUCAUCUCUUGUCCCUUUCCUUUGCCUGUUUAAGAGACAGCUGCAAAAAAAAAAUGGAAGAGGACAUGGAUAUAUAUACACAAGAUGGAACUCUUGACAUUCACAAGAAACCAGCAAACAAGAAUAAAACAGGAACCUGGAAAGCUUGCAGAUUCAUUCUCGGAACUGAGUGUUGUGAAAGAUUGGCUUACUAUGGAAUGAGUACUAAUCUGGUGAACUAUAUCGAGAAACAUCUGAGUAUGGGGAACGUCGCUGCUUCCAACAGUGUCACAAACUGGUCCGGAACAUGUUACGCCACUCCUUUGAUCGGUGCUUUUCUCGCCGAUGCUUAUCUCGGUCGUUACUGGACCAUCGCUUCCUUCGUCGUCGUCUACAUUUGCGGAAUGACGCUAUUGACAUUAUCAGCAUCGGUUCCUGGUCUAACACCAACCUGCAACGGAGAAGACUGCCACGCAACCGCGGGCCAGACCGCGAUCACGUUCAUAGCGCUCUACUUGAUCGCGCUCGGGACGGGAGGGAUCAAGCCUUGCGUUUCCUCGUUUGGUGCUGAUCAGUUUGAUGACACAGACGAAGCAGAGAAAGAGUCAAAGAGCUCUUUCUUCAACUGGUUCUACUUUGUGAUCAACGUUGGCGCAAUGAUUGCUUCCUCUGUUCUCGUCUGGAUUCAGAUGGAUGUUGGCUGGGGUUGGGGUUUCGGCGUCCCCACCGUCGCCAUGGCCUUGGCCGUCAUCUUGUUCUUCGCCGGGAGCAAGUUCUAUAGGCUUCAGAAGCCAGGAGGGAGUCCCAUCACAAGAAUGCUUCAAGUCAUGGUUGCUUCUUUCAGAAAAUCCAAAGUGAGAGUCCCUGAAGAUGAAUCUCUUCUCUACGAGAUCCAAGACGCCGAAAGCAGCAUCCAAGGAAGCCGCAAGCUCGAACACACCACAAAACUAACAUUCUUCGACAAAGCAGCAGUGGAGACAGAGAGUGACUACAAAGAAAAAACAGCAAAGUCGUCAUGGAGACUCUGUACAGUGACGCAAGUAGAAGAGCUCAAAGCACUGAUCGGUCUCUUACCGGUUUGGGCCUCAGGGAUCGUCUUCGCUACGGUUUAUAGCCAAAUGAGCACAAUGUUUGUGCUACAAGGCAACACAAUGGACCGAAGCAUGGGACCUAACUUCACAAUCCCAUCCGCAUCGCUCUCCCUGUUCGACAUACUUAGUGUCCUCUUCUGGACACCUGUCUACGACCAGCUUAUCGUUCCGCUCGCCAGGAAAACCACGGGUCAUGACCGUGGCUUCACGCAGCUUCAACGAAUCGGAAUCGGACUCCUAAUCUCCAUCUUCUCCAUGAUCUCUGCCGGAAUCCUCGAGGUCGCAAGGCUACGCUACGUCCGAACACACAAUCUCUACGAUGCGGAAACAGUUCCGAUGUCCAUCUUCUGGCAGGUUCCGCAGUACUUUUUCGUCGGUUGCGCCGAGGUUUUCACAUUUAUAGGCCAGCUUGAGUUCUUCUACGACCAAGCUCCUGAUGCAAUGAGGAGUCUUUGCUCGGCUUUGUCGCUCACCACGGUGGCGUUGGGGAACUAUUUAAGCACGUUGCUCGUGACGGUGGUUACUAAAAUCACGACCUCCGGUGGAAGAGCAGGCUGGAUCGCCGAUAACCUGAACAGAGGCCAUCUCGAUUACUUCUAUUGGUUAUUGGCUAUUUUGAGUUUCUUGAAUUUCUUCGUCUACCUUUGGAUCGCUAAAUCGUACACUUACAAGAAAGCGACGGGGCAUGCACUCUGA